AUGGACAAAGUUCCCCUCACAUUUGGUAUCCCCGUGAACCGCACUGUAGAGAAAACGGGGAACGAGAAGUCAUCCCCCAAAGUAGUUCUCGGUUGCCAGGCCAGGUCUUUAUUCUUUGGUUCGCCUGCUCUGCACUUGUUUCUCUCCAUUGGCGGGGCCGCGCUCUUCGCUUGUCUGCUGGUUUAUGACACACACCUCAUUAUGCAGCGCUUCUCGGCGGAGGAGUACAUUGCCGCCGCGAUAACUCUCUACUUGGACAUUAUAAACCUCUUCCUGUACAUUCUUCGUAUCCUUCAGGCGGCGGACAGCCAUUAG